GCGGGGGAUAAAGAGGCGCCGGACGCAGGGAGGAGGCGCAGAAGCAGGUCCCUCUGCGCUUGGCAUCCCGCAUCUCAUCGCACCUCAGACCCGGGAGGAUGAGGCUCGCCGUCCGCGCCCUGUUGGCCUGCGCGGUCCUGGGGCUGUGCCUGGCUGUCCCUGAUAAAACUGUGAGAUGGUGCACCGUUUCAAGUCAUGAAGCCAGUAAGUGCUCCAGUUUCCGUGAAAAUAUGAAUACUGUCCUUGAGGCUGGUCCUGUUGUCUCCUGUGUAAAGAAAACCAGCUAUCUCGACUGCAUCAAGGCCAUUGCGGACGAUGAAGCUGAUGCUGUGACACUGGACGCGGGCUUGGUGUUCGAGGCCGGCCUGAAGCCCUACAGCCUGAAGCCGGUCGUGGCAGAGUUCUAUGGGACAAAAGAUGAACCACAAACCAAAUAUUACUCUGUGGCCGUGGUGAAGAAGGGCAGUAACCUCCAGCUGAACCAGCUCCAAGGCAAGAAGUCCUGCCACACAGGCCUUGGCAGGUCCGCUGGGUGGAACAUCCCCAUGGGCUUACUUUAUUGGGAACUGCCUGAGCCACAGGAAUCUCUUCAGAAAGCAGCGUCCAGUUUCUUUGCGGCCAGCUGUGUCCCCUGUGCGGAUCGGACAGCCUUCCCCAAACUGUGUCAACUGUGUGCAGGGAAAGGAACAGACAAGUGCGCCUGCUCCAACCACGAACCGUACUUCGGCUACUCGGGGGCCUUCAAGUGUCUGAUGGACGGUGCUGGGGACGUGGCCUUUGUCAAGCACUCAACGGUACUGGAGAACCUGGCUAACAAGGCUGACAGGGACCAGUAUGAGCUGCUCUGCAGGGACAACACCCGGAAGCCUGUGGACGAAUACAAGGAGUGCCACCUGGCGCAGGUCCCUUCCCACGCCGUCGUGGCCCGCAGCGUGGGCGGCAAGGAGGACUUGAUCUGGGAGCUUCUCAACCAGGCCCAGCAACAUUUUGGCAAAGAUAAAUCUACGGAAUUCCAGCUCUUCAGCUCCCCUCAUGGAAAGGACCUGCUGUUUAAGGACUCUGCCAAUGGGUUCUUAAAGAUCCCCCCUAAGAUGGACUCCCAGCUGUACCUUGGAUAUGAAUAUGUCACUGCUAUUCGUAAUCUAAGAGGAGAAACACUCCCGGACACCUCAAAGGAUGGGUGCAAGAAAGUGAAAUGGUGUACAGUGGGUCACAUGGAGAGGAACAAGUGUGAUGCAUGGAGCGUGAGCAGUAGCGGGCAUAUAGAGUGUGAGUCAGAAGAGACCACUGAAGAUUGCAUUGCCAAGAUCAUGAAAGGAGAAGCUGAUGCCAUGACCUUGGAUGGAGGCUUUGUCUACAUAGCGGGCAAAUGUGGUCUGGUGCCUGUCCUGGCGGAGAACUACUACACUUCUGGCGAAGCUUGUAAAAGCACACCAGAGAAAGGGUAUCUUGCCGUGGCUGUGGUUAAGUCAUCAUCAGGUGAUGAUCUCAACUGGAACAAUCUGCGAGGCAGGAAGUCCUGCCACACCGGAGUGGACAGAACUGCUGGCUGGAACAUACCCAUGGGCCUGCUCUACAACAUGAUUAACCACUGUGACUUUGAUAAAUUUUUCAGUUCAGGCUGUGCCCCUGGGUCUCAGAAAAACUCCAGCCUCUGUGCUCUGUGUAUCGGCUCCGAAACGUCUCCGGGAAAGGAGUGUCUUCCCAACAACCAUGAGCGAUACUACGGCUAUACAGGGGCUUUCAGGUGUCUGGUUGAGAAGGGAGACGUGGCCUUUGUGAAGGACCAGACUGUCAUGCAGAACACAGAUGGAAGGAACACUGACGCGUGGGCAAAAGACCUGAAGCCAGAGAAUUUUCAGCUGUUGUGCACUGACGGCACCAGGAAGUCUGUGAACGAGGCUGAGAGCUGCCACCUGGCCAAAGCCCCACAUCAUGCUGUGGUCUCACGGGAAGAUAAGGCAGCUUGUGUUCGCGAUGAGCUACUCAGACAGCAGCUUGUAUUUGGAAAAAAUGGAAAUGACUGCUCGGGCAGUUUUUGUAUGUUCCAGUCAGAAACCAAGGACCUUCUGUUCAGAGAUGACACCAAAUGUUUGGCUACACUUCCGGACAAAACAACAUAUGAAUCCUACUUAGGACAUGCAUAUGUCACGGCUGUGUCUAACCUGAAACAAUGUUCAAAAUCAAAACUCCUGGAAGCCUGCACUUUCUACAGAGAUUAAAAUCCAAGAGUGGGGGCCACCACCUGCUGGAGAUGGGAGCUCACAUGAUGCAUAUGCUUCCCCCUGGUUUUGCUGGCUUGAGUGGUUUGGUUGCCUUCACAGUUUGGUGGUGGUGGCACCUCUGCAGGACAAAAAAAUAAAUAAAAAUUAUUAUUGGUUUUA